AUGUCGUUCGGAAUUAUUUUAAUCCUUUUUAAUUCGUGCAACUUAAUUUAUGGCAGUCAACUUGUAACACAAAGUAUCCUCAACAUUUCAGAUGCAAAUCCAACACAUUCGAAGAUCAAGAAUCUAAAUCUAACAAUUUUAAUAAGACAGAUUCCAAAUAUAAAGCAGAACUUGCAGCAAUCAGCAAUUAUCUUCGCAAAUCAUGUUAACCAAGCUGAUGAGCUUAGAUCAAAUUUGAUGUUGGAUAAUUGCUAUGCAAAGCAUUUAAUAUUCAUAAUAGUAUUUGUGACUGGACACAUAAAGUACUUGAAAUUUAGUCGGUUAGGGUUUUUAACUCACAGAUCGAAAUCUAUUGACUUGUACAGCUACUUUAUAGCAUCAGCAGGUGAUUCAAAUGUCCUCAUAAAUUUAAAAUGGUUUUCAGAAUAUUAUUGUAACAAGCCACAAUUGACAAUAACGAAUGUAUUUUCUAAACAUGAUCAAAAAUGGCUGGUGGACUUAAAAUAUCAAAGGAAUUACAUGAAUUUUUGGAACUGUAUGAUCACAUUGCUGACAGAUUUUGAAGAUAUAUUUGGAGUAAAUUUAUAUUAUGGAACUAUAACUGGUCUUGUGCCUGAAUUUGUACGCAUCAUGUCUAUUCGUGGUAAUUUCACUCUAAACUAUCAAAUACAUUACUAUAAUGAUGUUUAUGACACAAACACUGGUAAGAUCAUCUAUCCAAAUAUUUACAUGAGACUUGGAUUGUCUUCGAAAUUUACAAAUGGGAAAGUCCACUUCGGAUCGGCUUUCCUUCCAUCUGAUUAUCCUUUUUAUGUUACACCUGGUGAGCUGUUUACUUCGUAUGAGAAGCUGUUCCUGCCUUUUGAUGACACAACAUGGCUGUUCAUCUUUAUUACAUUCUCAGUCGCUUUUGCUGUGAUUUUUGUCGUUUAUUUCCUUCCAAAAUGGACACAAACAAUUUUUUAUGGAUCAACUGUUCGAAAUUCAUCACUUAAUAUUGUCCAAAUCUUUUUUGGAAUCUCACAACUGCAAGUUCCAGUUGAGAAUGCUCCACGAAUUAUUUUAAUCUUUUUUGUGUUCUUCUGUCUUGUGAUUCGAACUGCAUAUCAAGGAAUUUCGUUUGAUUUCCUUACUACAGAAAUGAGAAAGAAGCCAAUCGAUAGCAUUGAGAAACUUGUCAGUCAAAAUUUUACAAUUGUAACAAUGGAAGGUUCUGGAUUUGCAUUUGUGGACUAUAUUUUCUCAAUGAUUGGUGAGGAACAGAAGAAUAACAUAAUGUGGAUCUCAGACUUUGAAAUAGAAAACUUUUACAAAAACAACAUCAAGAAUUCUUCAGCAAGGCUUGCUUUUUUCAUGCAGGAUACAUUUUUUGAUCGCAUACAUUUUUCAACAAAUGGAAUUCAAGGAAUUAACCUCAAACAGAAGCUAUUUUCAUAUCCAAUUGGAUUUAUAACUUAUAAAAACUAUUUCAUGAAUGAACUUAUUGAAGAUACAUUGCAGCUUAUGAUACCUGCUGGAAUUCCUCAAUACCUUUAUGAGUAUCAUCGAUGGCUAAAGUUUGGAAGGGUUCAUGUUGACAGGAAAGUUUGA